UGAUUCCGAAUAAGCCACAAAUUUUAAUCUGAUAGUAUUGGUGCGGGGUUGGUGCUCAAAACAUUUACUGAACGCACUCUAGAUGCGAAUGUAUUUGUUUUUCUACUGACAGCAACAACAUUGGACCGCAAUCAAUUUAGUUCCUGCAGAAAUGUCGAAAUAUAAAGGAAAGAAACGUAAGGCAGAGGAUGAAUAUGAUUUACAGACAAUCUUAGAAGAGGAUAUGUCCAAUGAUGGUGCUACUGAAGCUGCUGUGCCUCAAGCAAGUGGUAGAAAUGCCGAAAAAAACGAUGAAACUGUACAGGAUGAUGAGUAUGGAGCUAAAGAUUAUAGACCACAUCUCGAAUUAAAGCCAGACUUCUCAUCCCGUCCACUAUAUGUAGCACCAAAUGGACAUAUAUUCUUAGAGACAUUCUCACCUGUUUAUAAAAAUGCUCAUGACUUUCUAAUUGCCAUAUCUGAGCCUGUUUGUCGUCCAGAACAUGUCCAUGAAUAUAAAUUAACAGCUUAUAGUUUAUAUGCAGCCGUUUCUGUUGGAUUACAAACUCACGAUAUCAUUGAAUAUUUAAGACGAUUGUGUAAGACCUCAGUCCCGUCGGGAAUCGAGAAGUUCAUUAAGCUAUGUACAGUCUCGUACGGAAAAAUUAAGCUGGUACUGAAACACAAUCGAUAUUUCAUCGAAAGUCAACAUCCAGAAGUUUUACAGAAACUUUUAAAAGAUCCAGUGAUCCAGCAAUGUCGUUUAAAACGAACGGAAGAAAACAUGGAUGAGGAAUUCAUCAAAAGCCAGCAAAACAUGAAAGGUGUCUCAUUUGGACAGAAAGCAAUCGAAGAAACGCCAGAAGAUGAAGCGGAUAAAGCCAAAGUUCCAGAUGACAUUACAAAGUUUUACGAUAAAAUCGAUAAUGAGGAUGAAGAGGAAGUAAGUCUAGAGACAGUAUCAUUCGAGGUUGAUCAAGAAAAGAUUGAGACAAUCCAAAAGAGAUGCAUAGAAAUAGAUUAUCCAUUGCUGGCUGAAUAUGACUUUCGAAAUGAUACAAUUAAUAAGGACGUAAAUAUUGAUCUUAAGCCAGCAGCUGUUUUACGUCCUUAUCAAGAGAAGAGUUUGAGAAAAAUGUUCGGAAAUGGACGUGCUCGUUCAGGAGUUAUUGUAUUGCCUUGCGGUGCUGGAAAGUCAUUAGUUGGAGUGACUGCAUGCUGUACAGUUAGAAAACGAGCUUUAGUUCUAUGCAACAGUGGUGUUAGUGUUGAACAAUGGAAGCAGCAAUUUAAGAUGUGGUCCACAGCUGACGAUUCAAUGAUCUGUCGAUUUACAUCUGAAGCUAAAGACAAACCGAUGGGCAGUGCUAUAUUAAUCACAACAUAUUCUAUGAUUACACAUACACAAAAACGAUCGUGGGAAGCAGAACAAACUAUGAAAUGGCUACAAGAACAAGAAUGGGGAAUUAUGGUGCUCGAUGAGGUCCACACAAUUCCAGCAAAAAUGUUCAGACGUGUCUUAACGCUCGUACAAAGUCAUUGUAAAUUAGGUCUUACAGCUACACUUUUGAGAGAGGAUGACAAAAUUGCUGAUUUGAAUUUCCUUAUUGGACCGAAAUUAUAUGAAGCAAAUUGGUUGGAAUUACAGAAAAAUGGAUACAUUGCUAGAGUUCAAUGUGCUGAAGUUUGGUGUCCAAUGACUGCUGAAUUCUAUCGAGAAUAUCUCGUCACUAAAACAUCCAAGAAAAUGCUUCUUUAUGUCAUGAAUCCAAGUAAAUUCCGAAUGUGUCAAUAUUUAAUUCAAUAUCAUGAACGCAGAGGCGAUAAGACAAUUGUCUUUAGUGACAAUGUAUUUGCUCUUAAGCAUUAUGCUAUUAAAAUGAACAAGCCAUACAUUUAUGGACCAACUUUACAGAAUGAAAGAAUUCAAAUUCUUCAGAAUUUCAAAUUUAAUCCAAAAGUCAAUACAAUUUUCGUCAGUAAAGUUGCAGAUACAAGUUUUGACUUGCCAGAAGCUAAUGUCUUAAUCCAAAUCUCAUCACAUGGUGGAUCUCGUCGUCAAGAAGCUCAACGUCUUGGACGUAUUUUGAGAGCCAAGAAAGGAUCAUUUGCUGAGGAAUAUAAUGCAUUCUUCUAUACUCUCGUCUCACAAGACACAAUGGAAAUGAGCUACUCAAGAAAACGUCAACGUUUCUUGGUCAAUCAAGGUUACAGCUAUAAAGUCAUCACACAUUUAGCAGGAAUGGAUGAAGACACAAGUCUUUACUAUAAAACACGUGAAGAUCAGGGACAGUUACUUCAACAAGUUUUAGCUGCUUCCGAUAUAGACUGUGAGGAUGAACGAAUGCCUGGCGAAGGUGGAUUUCCCAGAGCCUCAACAUCAAGAAAAACUGGUGGAUUCAGUUCAUUGUCUGGUGCUGAUAAUGAGGUUUAUUAUGAGCAGAAGAAAAGAAGCACUGUUCAACAUCCAUUAUUUAAGAGAUUCCGUUAAGUUGUUCUAUGUUACUUUGAUAAUGAAUAAAGUUUUAAGGAUCAUCAUUUAAUAUUUC